AUGAGUUUCAAUCUCAAACAUAUUCCGUGCCCGCGGGCGGAAGCCUGCACCGCCUUCAAGUGCGUCUUUAGCCAUCCCCACGAAGAGGACCAGGCUUCAGUGCCAGCGCCAGCACCGGAUGGAAAGAGGCCGCGGCACCGUGUCGAGCCUUCUUCGUCGGAUCCAGAUGAGCCAUCCAAACGACCCAAGGUCGACCAAGGGAGCAAGCUUCCUGACCCAAACAAGGAACAUGAUGGAAUUUCCGACAAUAAGAGCGUCGUGGGACUCUAUUCCCGUCCCAGGUCACUUUCUCCCUCCACUGCCGGUUACAAGGCCGAUGCCAGGGCUGACAACCAUGGCCGAAACAAGGCCGACGAUGGCAUCGACGACGAUAAGAGCGUCGUCGAGCACUCUUCCCGCCGCAGGUCUCCUUCUCCUCGCGAUGCUGCGGUUAACCCCAGUGCUCCAGGUGCUGCGGCAAAUCCCAGUGCUCCAGGCCCUACGUUUAAUACCAGUGCUCCCGUGGCCGCUACAGAGCAACGUGCGGCUGUCCGCUUUUCCAUGUCCAAGGAUGGCCAGCAGCCAAAGCAGAAUAAGAUCGAAAGUCUUAACCCACGCCUCUUGGUUAGCUCCCCGGCACGCCAUGAAACUCGCGUCAAGCUGAUCAAGGCGCUGCACCAAGAGUACACCCGGCUCAACUCGGAGCUCAAACAGAAGGCAAGCGACGAGGAGCUCAAGCUCCUCAUGUCCAGCUCAGAGCUCAUCACCAAAACUCUUGAUGACGAGCAAAAUAUCGCCAAUAACAAACCGGCCGUGUACGCCAACGUUAUGAAGAACACGGUGAUGCAGCACAAGCGCAUGGAGCUUGCUCAGUGGAAAGUUGAGCGCGCCAAGGCAAUGAAUUCGGCACUGUCCGGUUCAGGGGACCAGGACGACCCCAACAAGAUCUGGACCGGCCUGACUCGGGACCAAGAGGUGGCCAUGUUGAGGUUCCUGUACACACCCAUCCAUGACCUGUCCGAGUACGGCUAUAUUUCCGUGGUUCCAACCGAGGAAGCCGUCGAGGAGGUGCGGGAGGCCGUCGUGGCCGGCCGGGGCUGGGAGAAGUGUGACCGUUGCCGACAGCGCUUCCAGGUGUUUCCAGGACGCCGCGAGCACGACGGGGCGCUCACCUCGGGAGGAGCCUGCAACUUCCACUGGGGCAAAAAGUAUAUCCCCGCAAAGGCCCCGGGCGACAAGUCUAGGCCGCCCAAGCGCUUCCAGUGCUGCGAGGAGGAGGAGGGCGAGUCCAAUGGCUGCUUGACCCACGACUACCACGUUUACAAAACCGUCGACGCUAAGAGGUUGGCGACUCUGUUUAACUAUGUUGAGACUCCGCCAAACAAGCUGGCCCCCACCGACAGGGCCGUCUGCUUUGACUGCGAGAUGGGCUACACCGUCUACGGCAUGGAGCUGGUGCGCCUCACCGCCACCUCGUGGCCCACCGGCGAGGAGCUGCUGGAUGUGCUUGUCCAGCCAAAGGGUGAGAUUUUGGACCUCAACUCUCGCUACUCGGGCGUCUGGCCCAAUGACUUGGCCCUGGCCGAGCUGUGGACCAGCACCGAGAUCCCGCCUCUGGCCGAGGGUGAAGAGACCAAGAAGCUCAAGAAGGUACCGUCCCCCGCCGCGGCUCGGGAGUUGCUCUUCUCUCUCAUCUCGCCUGAUACGCCCCUGAUCGGGCACGGUCUAGAGAACGACCUCAACGCCGUCCGCAUCGUCCACCCGACUCUCAUAGACACAGUCCUGCUCUACCCGCACCGGGCUGGGCUCCCCUACCGCCGCGGCCUCAAGUCGCUGAUGGAGGAGCAGCUGAAUCGCAAGAUUCAGCAAGAUACGGGCCCCAAGACACUCGGCCACGACUCUGCCGAGGACGCGCGGGCCGCCGGCGACUUGGUCCUCUUGGAAGUCAAGCACGAGUGGAAACGUAUGCAGAGACAGGGAUUGACGGACCCCGGGAAUGGUUUGCCCCCCCCUCACCGCCGCUCGAGGCCUGGAAAGUAA